UGAUGCGGAUGCGGAUUGCGGAUGAAUUUUAUUUCGAAAAUAUCUAGCUUAAUUUCUAACAAGAGAGAGAGAGUAGUAUUUGUGUUUUAAUCAUUAGUGUAUAAAAUAUGACUGAAAACUUGGAUUUAUGUCGCAGCCAAAUCGCUCAGGCGAGAACGGAAAUCAAGAACCUAAGACAGCAGUUGGCCGCACUCAAACAUGAACAUCUGAAAGAAAUCAAAUUGAUCAAGUCUACAUUAGAAGGACUCCGAUGUGGAGAAUGUGCGAAAACAGCUACAACCAUUGUAAAUCACUACAAUGGCGGAGAGCCGUCAACAUCGGCCGCUCACACAGAUUGUAUCUCAUACAAACCGAUAGGGGUGAUAGAGACAGCAUUUCAGAACAAACGUGGUGUGCCUCGACAGCCGUCCGUGCUGACGAAGGCCAAAGGGACGGUGGUCAUAGACACCAGCGUCUUUAACAACCCUGAACACGCUUUGAGUGGAUUGGAGGAAUUCUCUCACAUAUGGAUAAUUUUCCACUUCCACAUGACGGAGAGCAAUAACGUGCCAGCUAAGGUCGCUCCACCGAGACUUGGCGGCGAGAGACGAGGCGUCUUCUCGACUCGCUCCCCGCACAGACCGUGCCCUAUUGGGCUGUCUCUGGUCAGGAUACAGAGUAUUGAAGGCAACAAGAUCCACUUCACAGGCGUUGACAUGGUAUCCGGUACACCGGUGUUAGACAUCAAGCCUUACAUCCCGCAGUACGACUACCCGAUGCCGUUCGACACGCCCCUCUCGGCGUUAAGACCACCUACUGAGGGCAUCAGUGACGCUAUAGAGACGUUGGCAGGACUUAAUAUUGACGAUGAAGAUUUUGAUCCUAGCCUCAGCCCUCGCAUAACGAACCCCAUCGGCAUCGAAACGACUACCCCGCUCUCCCGUUCCCCAUUCGAAGGCGAAAUACCCUCCCCAGGAAACAACCACAGCACGCUUCUCACGCCGAUAUCACCGUCGCCCGACUCUCCUCCCAGCGCUGACUUACUAGACGGAACUGGCUUCAGAACUGCAUCACCCAUAAGGCGACCGGACACAGAAAGGGGCGCCCCAGACGGCCAAGAAAGAUUCACGCCUCCACAAUCGGCACAUCUCCUAAGCAUGGCCCAUGAUGGCAUCAGAGUCGCUCCAUGGAUAUCAAAUCCACCCUCGCAAACAUUUGACGUCAGAUUCUCAGAAGAUGCAUUAGAAAGACUCAAUGAAUUGAUCGGUAGUCGAGCGCAGACCUUCAAAUCUAACAUAGAAAGCCUGCUAAGCGAAGACCCCAGGUCUCACUACGUACGAACGAGGUAUCCUGACCACGAAUAUAACUGCGUUCUUGAAGAUCUGUCGAUAAGUUGUAUUUUCGACUCUAACACAUCUGUCUGCAACAUCAUCGCGGUCAGAAACGCAGAGGAAUUACAGAAUUAAAGUCUAUUU